CUGAACAUACUGCAGCAACCACUGUUCUACAACUGGUUUUAUUUCUGCAGGAUGAGAGCUGACACAACACAGUUUUUCCAUCUUCAUUGCCUGCAUGAUUUUUGUACCAGCCAGCAGGGGAGCUCAUGGGAAGUACGCGCAGAGGCUGCUGAACAACUUGUUUGGAAACUACACCAGCGCGCUGAAGCCAGUGGAGAACACCAAUGACAUCUUAAACGUCACACUACAGAUUACGCUUUCCCAAAUAAUUGACAUGGAUGAGCGUAACCAGAUUCUGACAGCGUAUUUGUGGAUAUGGCAGGUGUGGAAUGAUGCAUACCUGACCUGGAAUAAAGAUGAUUAUGAUGGACUCGAUACCGUCCGUAUACCUGGUAGUUAUGUAUGGAGACCUGAUAUUGUCUUAUAUAACAAUGCGGAUGACCAUUUCACAGGCACCAUGGACACCAACGUAGUGAUCCGCCAUGAUGGCCAGAUCAUGUGGGACUCUCCUAUCAUCACAAAAAGCUCCUGCAAGGUAGACGUGUCCUUUUUCCCCUUUGAUGCCCAGCAGUGCCGUCUGACCUACGGCUCCUGGACCUAUAAUGGCAAACAGCUGGACAUUCUCAAUGCCAUGGAUAGUGCAGACCUGGCUGACUUGGUGGAUAAUGUAGAAUGGGAGGUGCUGGGGAUGCCAGCAAAGAGAAACAUGGUCCAGUAUGGCUGCUGUGCUGACCCCUACCCACAUGUAACCUACACACUAAUGCUAAAGAGAAGGGCCACCUUCUACGUGUUUAAUCUGCUGAUCCCCUGCGUGAUGAUCUCCUUCCUCACCCCUCUGGGCUUCUAUCUGCCUUCUGACUCUGGAGAGAAAGUGUCUCUGGGUGUCACUGUGAUGUUGGCGCUCACUGUCUUUCAGCUACUCGUGGCAGAGAUUAUGCCCCCGUCUGAGAAUGUGCCACUUAUAGGUGAGUUAAAGGACUAAAUGAUUGAAGCGGUUAUGAGGUCAACAUCUUCUGUAAUUCCACUCAAAGUGAUUUUUAACCCCUUAACAUUCACAAACCUGCUGGUUGGUCCAUGACUUGAUCAUUUAGUACUGGUUUCCAUGUAGUUACUAUAAUAGGCCUUAGGAUGUGGACCGCCAAGUUUAACUCUUAGAAGGCUAGA